AUGGGUUCGCUUAACAAGCCUCAUGCAGUCUUUGUCCCAUACCCCGCACAAGGCCACGUAAAUCCCUUAAUGCAGCUGGCCAAGCUUUUACACUCAAGAGGCUUCUACAUUACCUUUGUUAACACUGAGUUUAACCAUAAGCGCCUAGUCAGGUCCCAAGGGCCAGGCUUUGUUAAGGGUCUGCCUGAUUUUCAGUUUGAGACCAUACCCGAUGGGCUGCCGCCAUCUGAUCGUGAUGCAACCCAAGACAUUUGGGCUCUAUCUGAUUCAGUUCAGAAAAACUGCUUGGGUCCAUUUAGAGAGCUGCUAGCUAAGCUCAAUUCUUCAGCUGGAUCUCCUCCAGUGAGCUGUAUUAUCUCGGAUGGAUCCAUGACCUUCACCAUCAAGGCAGCUGAGGAACUAGGCAUACCUGAAGCUCAAUUUUGGACCACCUCGGCUUGUGGUUUCAUGGCAUAUUUGCAUUUUAGUGAACUCAUCAAAGGAGGCAUUGUUCCAUUUAAAGAUGAAAACUUCAUCAAAGAUGGCACACUGGAUACACCAGUCCCCGGAGUUCCAGGCAUGAGGAACAUGCGCCUUAAGGAUUUCCCUACGUUGAUCAGAACCAUUGAUCCAAGGGAUAUAAUGUUAAAUUUCAUGAGUGAAGAAGCACAAAAUUGCUUAAAAUCUUCUGCAAUCAUUCUAAAUACACUUGAGGAACUAGAGCAUCAAGUACUAGGGGCAAUUGCUGCCAAGUCCCCUAACAUUUAUACCAUAGGCCCCCUUUCCUUGCUGGAAAGGCAGACGCCCCUCAGCCAAGCUGAGUCUCUCAGGUCUAGCUUAUGGAAGGAGGAUUUCAAUUGUCUCGGAUGGCUUGAUAAGAGACAAUCUGGCUCUGUUUUGUUUGUAAGCUUUGGCAGCAUAACUGUGAUGUCAGACCAACACUUCAAGGAAUUUGCAUGGGGGCUCGCAAAUAGCAAAGUCCCAUUUUUAUGGGUGGUAAGGCCUGACGUGGUUAUGGGGAAUUCCGGUAUCUUGCCUAAAGAGUACUAUGAGGAGAUUGAGGGCAGAGGAUUGAUGGUGAAGUGGUGCCCACAAGAUCAGGUGCUUACUCAUCCGUCAGUAGGUGCCUUUCUUACACACUGUGGAUGGAAUUCUACAUUGGAAAGUAUCAGUGGAGGCAGGCCUGUGAUCUGUUGGCCUUUCUUUGACGAACAGCCGACAAAUUGUCUAUAUUCAUGCACUCUAUGGGGAAUCGGCAUGGAGAUUAGCCAUGACGUGAAGCGUGAUGAAGUUACAACUCUAGUGAAGGAAGUGAUGGAAGGAGACAAAGGCAAGCAAAUGAAAAACAAUGCUUUAGAAUGGAAGAAGAAAGCAGAGGAGGCAACUAAUAUUGGAGGAUCAUCUUACAAUAAUUUUAACAAAUUCAUUAAGGAAAUUCUACAAAUUCAUUAA